CGCCGACCCAAGGGAUCCUCCUCGGGAAACCAAAACGUCGACCCGCCGGCGGGCCAUCCUCCUCCAUUCGACAAGGGCAACCCGCGCAGCGAACCGCCGGGGUGGGUGCGCUGGUGGGUGGGCUUGACGGACGAUGCGAUUGACAAGGUGGAUGAGUCAAUCAAGUCUCGACGAACCAACUCCACAUCGCCUCUUCCAGCGAAGCAUUGGCUGCAACAGAACACCAUGCCAAAGUACGGAUACCUAAAGUAUCUCGUGGUCUCGCCCUCUCUACGGAUACUUGUCCCCAUCCACGCGACUGGAAUGUACAGCUACCAACACGGACAAAUGACCCCCAAACACCACACCAACGACCUAGUUUUCUUAUCACUUAUCGAUUCACCUCCCACGGCGAUACCUGCACCUCAGUUGUGA